CCAUCCGAUUCAGUAGCAGGAGGAGCUGCAGGCACUGGUAGCAGUUUCGGUGCAAUGAAGCGAAUGAAGAAGGUAUCGCCAAUCAAACCGACGGAUUCGGGAGCCACUGUAGGGGCUAGUGAUGCGUUAGUGAAAGCCACUAAAGGACCCAUGGGCCGUCGUCCAGAAGUGAAGGAUGAUCGCGAGAAACUAGCUAGCAGUGCAAGUGGAGCAUCUGAACAGAUUACCAUCAUUAGCACUGAUAAGUCAACUCCACAGAAGGCGACCACCGUUACGUCUAUCUCUGGAGUCGUGCAGAUGUCCACUGUUGGCUCAGCAACAACAGUAGCAGGAGUUGGUGGUGCUACAGCUGCCACUAGCUCUAGCUCCGCUACAACGACAACUCCGUUGCGGUUUGACUCAACGUUUGAUGUUCUCCGUAAAUCACCGAGCUUCAAUUUGGUUAGCGUACCGGGACAAGGUGCUGGUACUGCUUCGGCCGGCACUACUACUGUUGGUGCUGGUACGAAAGAGGAAUCAUCUCGCGAGGAAGUGGAUGUCAAACCGACGCAUCCAACGCCUACGUUACCUGGUAUCUUUACUCCGGUUGGAGCAGGGACAGGAGGAACAGGCUCAUCCGGUGCACUAUUAUCGUCGAGUAGUGGAUUGGACCGUGCCGGUGGCACGUCAACUCUGUUGGGUAGCUCCGGGUUGGGCAGAGGAUCCUCUCCGUCCGCUGCCGUCCUGUUGGCAAUGGCGGGCAACGAUGAUAAGCAGAAGGAAGAACCGACGCUGGAGAACUGUAAGAAGUACUUCAACGAUAUGAACUUUGAGUUUGAUGCACCGACGGUCAAGAAACCACCCUCGAUUGCCGAUAAGGUGCUGAAGGCGCUCAGCCAACAACAGCAACAGCAUUCCGCGGCGAUCAAACAGGAAAAACCAGACCAUGUGACGCUGAAGUACAUGCCAAUGCAUCAUCAUCCACCGCUACACAGUAAACAGUCGUACGUCGUGAACACUGGUAUGGCCGCCAGUGGAGGAGGAGGAGGAGCACAAGAGGUGACCGGUGGAGCGUCGUUAUCCAACGUCGUGUCAUCCGCUGCUACGAUCGUACCUGUAACCGGUGGUGUGACUGUAUCGCACACACCGAUCAAACUGGAAUCACCGCAUUCCAGUGUGGCCACGCCGACGAAACCAUCGUCCUCGGGCACAUUGUCCACCGAACCGCACCACGCCGCCUUACCUGCUUCGCUCAAGAAGGAAUCGGAAUCAUCGGUCGAUGGAAUGGUGAAGGGAACGCCCGGUAAAAUCAGUCAGCAAUCGGUGGUCGGUGGUCCCAAGCAGUCUUCAUCCUUGCAUCAACCACCAUCAUCCGGUGGUGUACAGACGCAGCAAUCGAGCACGGCACACCGGCUGCUGGACCACAUGCUACCGACCGCUCGAAGCAGUAACGAUCUGACCGAAUCGAUCCGGAAGCUAGAUGAUCCACGAUUCCUGCACGAUGACGAGUCCACCGAUAGUAACGAUUCCGAGCAUCGGCUAAUCAUUGAGGAUGCAGAGUCCCAGGGCAGUGGAGAACCUCCUGGAGGAGGAUCGAUCCAACAUCCCAGCACAAGCUCAACCACCACCAGUACCCCCACCGUAACCACCGGUCUUCCCUCCGGAACGACAGCAUUGAUCGUUCGUUACGAUCACUCAACGAAGCAUCACCACCAGACGACGAACGUGAUCGCCAAACGGGAACUGUUUGAUGAUAAAGCACCAUCGGCAGCAGCAGCAGCAGCAGCAGCAGCACGUGGUACAGCAGCUGGAUCUUCAAUCACGCACGAAAUGGCAUCCGCUGCUUCGGCGGCGGCCGUUGCCGCCGUUGCAGAGAAGGAAAAGAUCGUGUUCCGCCAAGAUCCAACCAUCUCCGUCUCGAGCGGCAACAAGGAAUCUUCUGUUUCGCAGUCAACCGUACGCACGCCAUCGUCCACGUCCUCUAGUGGGCAAGCGGGAGGGCGGGAGAUCGAAAAGAAAGCCUCCAGUAGUGCGAAACAUAACAUCCUGGAAACGAUCAUACAGAGUGAAUUGAACACCGUGAACCGUGGUCUCGGAUCGGAGAGCUUCCUGAAGCUGAAAGAGCAAACGGACCAUCAGGCAGAACUAGAUCGCUUGCAGCAGCAGCAACAGCAACAGCUCGCUGGCGCUGGAUCUUGCACUACCAGCUCGGAACCAUCUUCUACCUCAGCAACCUCAACGAUCGUGACGACGAGGACAAGCAAUCAAGAUCCUCUUGUAAUGGAUGAAAAGUCAUCCCAGCAACAACAGCAGCAACAACAACAGGCCAACAAUGAAUCUCUCUCACUGUUGCUGUGUGAAGAAACAAUUCCGGGUUCACCGGCACCGAAGGAUCAGGAUCGGUUACCACCGGUCAAUACGGGGCGCAAGGUGUACGCUGAGACACCGCUCGGUGUCUCCUCCACCUUCCUAGCACCGCCAUUACAAAACAUGCAAACGGCAGCCACCGACCUGAAACCGGUACCGAUGGAUCUCGAACCGCCCGUCGUGACGAUUACGAUCGCAGGGAACACCACGAUCAGCAGCACCAGCCAAGCCGGUGCAGCUCAAGCGGCAGCAGCAGCAGCAGCAGCAGCAGCGGCUGCACCCAACCCGGUUCAGUUCUCUAGCUCCUCGCAAGGUCAAUCGGUGCGCACCGGCGGAGUACCUUCAGCUGGCACGGUGAACAGUGGAGGAGGAGGACCUGGCAAGGGAUCUGGCGGUGGUGAAUCGGCCGUCGAUACCCCGAACAGUUCACCCCGGGAUUCGGUGAGCCAGGAUGAGACACACGAUCCGGAAGCAUCUGUAUCGCCGCUGAAGAAGCGCCGUCAGCGCAAACCGAGUGAAGAUCCACCAAGUCACAAGCGACACCGUCGUACGGCACCGUCGAACUUCGGUAGUGGGGCUGGAGGUGGUGGGUAUAGCAGCGCCAACAAUGGUUCCAGCAGCGGUUACGGUCGCAGUCAGCGUGGUGGCAUGACCACGGCUAAUGCAUCGGAUAGUGAGGAUAACUCGGACUCGUUGGCUGCCUUCCAUCGAUCGGCCUCGUCGGUGGUACUCGGUAAAUCGGGACGCACGGGUCAAUACAACUUCCUGGUGAACUUGGAUCCCAGCCUGAACAACAACCAGCGGAUAGCGAUACUGAAGAAGAAGAUCCAGGAGCUGCGGAAAACGUACAACGCCAUCAAGGCCGAGCUGGCGAGCAUCGACCGGCGGCGCAAGAAGCUGCGGAGGCGCGAGCGAGAAAACAAAAAGCAAGCCAAGCUUAACAGCGCCAAUGCGGCCAACAAUUAGGCGAAAGGGUAAGGCCCCAAACCGGUGACGAGAUUAGCAUUAGACAUGGCAUUAGGCGAUUUCAUUAAGAUGGCAAUGGCAAUGAGCAGUUAGUAGUAGUAUUGUAAAAGUUUUUAGCAUAUUUAGUUCCUUUUUGUUGAUUUUCUUCCCCCACGCCUUUCCGUACUUCCGAUCCCGAUUGAUCCCAUCAUCAUCAUCAUCAUCUUCACCACAACCGCCAACGAGCUAAGUUAGAUUAACUAGUUCCACAGUAGUGCCACCCAAUGGCAAAUGAUCUUCGUAGUGAUUAAGUGAUUUCGGUUUUAACGGUUUUAACGUGUAGGCAUUUAAGAACGAAAAACGUAAGCAAUCACUCCUGCGAUCGCUUUGUAUAAUGAAGCUAUGGGGAUAGCUGAGCCUAUUCCCUUUCCUUGACACUCACUUUUUAAAUGGCAAAAUGAAUAAAUUAAUUAAAUUAAAUAAUAAUCGGA